AAUCAUUGAGUCACUAGUAAAUUCAAAAGGACAAUUGUACAGGUAGCAUUAGCUCACCCCUCUCCACCUUCUGCAUCUCAUUCUUUGCCCCAGGAGAGUGACCUGUGCAGACAACUUUGCCCCGUGGCUUCCACUUGCCUUUAGCCAAUUGAUUUGGGGGCAGGAAGGCAGAGGAAUGAGAUAGGAGUCAGGGUUAAUGGCCCUGGGCCUCCUCUCGGAGACUAGGACUGACUGUACUCCAGCCAGGGGUGCCUGCUCUACCCAGCUCACCUUCCUCUAUCUUCUGCCUCACCAGUGAAGCCUUCCUGUGGAAAGUUCUAGGUUUCUGUUCUCGACUUGCUACAAUUGCCAAAGAUUUAGGAGUUAUGCACCAAAAUUUUAAACUUCAUCUCAACUUACAAAAUGAAUGUUUCCACAACUGUAUUACUCUUUUUAGAUUGGGCUUAAGGGGACUUUUUAGAGGGAUAAGAAAGUUCCAAAAGUGCAUUUGGGUGAUGUUGCACACAUCUAUUUAUUUUCUAAAAGUCAUCCAAUCAUGUAAUUACAUACCAUGUUAUGGUAUGUAAAUUAGACCUCACUAAAGCUAAGAGAAAAAAAAAUCUGAAAUCUCUGUCCUGCCUCAUGAAUAUUGGGCAUUCUGCUCAAAUACCAGAAAAGGCCAUUGAAAAAUAUGGUUUCUUUCCUAAAUUCUCCCCACAUUUUUUUUUUUUUUUUGGUAUUUAAGAUGUCUUUAGAAUGUCAAAAGUUGCCAGUAUUUUUUUCUUCAAAUUAUAUUAUUAAAUUAUUAGCAUGAUUUAUAAUCAAUCUUGUUUUAGGGUCAGGAAAUUUAACUGUUAGGUAAUUGCAAGCUAUUAUGUUAAAUCAAAUAUCACUAUAUCAGCAAGUGUAAUUGAAAAUUCAUGUAUUGUAACUAAACUGAAAGGCACCUAUGUAUCAUUUAACUCGACUCUGAAAGGGGUACAAUUUCCAUUUCCCUGACUUUAUGGGAUUAUCAGGAAACAUUUUUCAAAGAACCAUAUAUGAUAUUAAAUUCAAUAUGUGGUGGACAGUUUAGAAAUUAUGUGUUAUGUAGGUCAUGAGAAAUAAACUUAAGAAAAAAAAAGAAAACAUUUCCUUUGAGGUUUUCACCGAUAGAUGAAACUGUGUACCCUUGUCUGUACCCUGAGUGAACAAUUUGAGGACUAGCUCUGAAUAGCAGCAGAUUUAUUAUUUUCUUAUUAUAUAUCAUACUUAGGAAAACAAAACGUACACAUAUACACAGAUAUAUUCACCCACAUUGAAGAUGCAAGAUGAAGAAAGAUACAUGACAUUGAAUUUACAAUGGAAAAAAAGGAGUUCUAUGGAAACAUCCCAACUUAAAUUUAAAGAUUCUUCUGUGAUGUUGCCUUGGUGUAAAAUCUUACUGGGGAUAUCUGGAACCAUAAAUGGUAUUCUGGUUUUGACUUUGAUUUCCCUGUGUUUACUGGGAUUGUGCCCAUCAGAAUGGCUCAAAUAUCAUAAAAAGUGUUAUUGGUUCUCUAAUGAGAUGAAAAGUUGGAGUGACAGUUAUAGGUAUUGUUUGGGAAGAAAAUCUCAUCUACCAAUCAUUCAGGACCACAUUGAAAUGGCUUUUAUACAGAAAAACCUAAAACAAUCAAACUACGUGUGGAUUGGGCUCAACUUUACAUCCCUGGAAAAGGCAUGGACCUGGGUGGAUGGUUCUCCAUUAGAUUCAAAGACAUUUGUCAUAAAAGGACCAGCUAAAGAAAAUAGCUGUGCUGCUACCAAAGAAAACAAAAUUUACUCUGAAACUUGCAGCAGUGUUUUCAAAUGGAUUUGCCAAUACUAGAAUUAAAAAAAAAUUUAGUAGUGAACUAAUCAGUGAUGAAAGCUUUUGCCUAUUAGGUUCUAAUAUUAACCUUAAGGAGUGAGAAUUUAAAACUGAAAACAACAAAAUGUCUUCUCCAUUUUCUCUCCAUCGUCUACAUUGGUCCUAAUCUCAGAGUAACCCAUGUAAAUAAUCCAAAAUAUGCCCUUCCCAUUUUUUAUGUGAUUAUAUAAUCCAAUGUGAGUCCAUGGAUUUAUACUCAGGACUUUUAUUCAUUUUUCAUGCUAUAACAAAUGUGACCAAAUUUAUCUGCUUUUCUGUAUUUUGCUUGUUUAUGUGUAACAAUAUUCUGUGUUAAUUUCAUAUCAUUCUGUGUUGCAUUGUAGUAUGGAUUUAUAUAUGUUUUACUGCUUUGUUGAGCAUUAACUUCAUUCUCAGGUUUUUGCUACUGUAAGCUAUGUUGCAAUAAAUAUUCUGAAUAUCUUUUUAUUUUA